GGCACACUCUUAUUUCCGGCAAAAUGGCGUCACCGAUUUUGUCAAGAUCACUUAUUUUUUGUCCAAUUUAGUAAGUUCUUUAUAAUUCAUUGAAAUUAAGGGUUGACAGCCAACUGUCAAAGUAAUUUUGCUGAGGGUGCAAUCUAAUACCUGAAACUUUAUGUAAUAAACAGCGAUUUUCUUAAGAAUUAUAGAGGUCAAUUUUCAAUGCCGUUCAGCCUAUUAUCGCUUUUACUAUUUAAUUAAAAGAACUUUUCUACCACAGCUCGCAGGUACGAUGCAUGGCAACAUUGAAAGACAGUAAGUUGAUUUGUAAUCAUAAUGUAGUUACAGACAAAAUAGAUCUUCCUAGCUAAGUUGAAUACCAAACUUAUCAUGACAACCUUCAGCCAAACAAACUGAUUCAAAUCGUAAUCAGUUUACCUCUAUAAAUUUUCUAAUAGAUAAAGAUACAUAAGCUAACACAAUCUUGAAAUUGGUUGUCAAGUUGUAUGUAAUUUGCUUGACACUCAUAAUUACCCACACCUUCAGUUUCAACUCGCCUGAAGUCUGUCAAGAACAUACAAAAGAUUACGAAGUCCAUGCAGAUGGUAUCAGCCGCUAAAUAUGCUAAAGCUGAGCGUGAUUUAAAAUCGGCUAGACCUUAUGGACAAGGAGCCAAGGCUUUUUAUGAAAAAGCUGAAAUCAUUUCUGAUCCACAAAAGCCUAAACAUCUUUUGAUCGCUAUGACUUCUGAUAGAGGACUGUGCGGGGCGGUUCAUUCUAGCAUUGCGAAAAUGAUCCGUCAUGAUAUGGCCGCUAAGCCAAGUGGAACAGAAACUAUGAUUGUCUGUGUUGGAGACAAGUCUAGAAGCAUCCUAGGAAGAUUAUUCCCCAAAAAUAUUUUGUUGCAAGUUACUGAUAUCGGAAAGAAGCCACCGACUUUCGCUGAUGCUUCAAGAAUUGCUGAAGCGAUUAGUCAAUCUGGAUAUGAAUUUGAUUUCUGCCAGAUGUAUUACAAUUACUUCAAGUCUGUUGUCGCUUAUAAUACAUCCACUAUUCCCCUUUUCAACACAUCUACUAUAAGUGCAUCGGAUAAAAUUACUGUAUACGAUUCUAUUGAUCAAGAAGUUUUAGAAUCGUUUAACGAAUUUUCGCUGGCUUCACUUAUUUAUUACGCCAUGAAGGAAGGAGCUUGCAGCGAACAAAGUGCUAGAAUGACCGCUAUGGACUCAGCAUCUAAAAAUGCUGGAGAAAUGAUCGACAAACUAACCCUCAACUUUAACCGAACCAGACAAGCGGUGAUCACUAGGGAGUUGAUUGAAAUUAUUUCGGGAGCUGCAGCAUUGAAAUAGAUUAAAAAUUGACAUAAGAAUCAUUCGAUUGUAGAUGAAAUUGUGUAGGGUGUGUGUAAUUAAGAAUACACUUUGAAAGUUUGGAUGACGUUAGAUCAAUCUCCAACUCAAUCUAAAAAUUGUUAAUUUUUUAAAGACUGA